GCGUUGGUUCUGGCUCUGGCAGCGUGAGGCGGUCGCGGCGCGGCGUGGCGUUGCGAGGCGGCGAGGCGAGGCGAAGCGAGGGGCGGCGAGGGCGGCGAGGGCGUCCAGUCCCGACGAGGCGCGCGCACUGCGAGCACCGCUCGGCUCGGUUCGGCUCGGCUCCGGCUUGUCGCCGGUGUUGUGUUGCGUGGCGUGGCGUGGCGUUGUGUUGCCGGCGGUUUGAAUCGUGCGCGCGUGUUCGUUUCUGGGGUUGCCGGCCCGGCCGUAGGAGUGCAGUGUGUGUCUGUCACCAGUCCGUCUGUUCUGUUAGUCCGCCUGUCUGUCUUCUCCACUAGCCCGGCCGUCGUCCGUCCCUCUCCGUCACAUGGAUUAAAAGCUGACCGGCCGGCGUCCUCGCAACAAAACACCAUUCCUCGAGCCAUGCACUAGAGGCUGACUGCGGCUGGUCCGUGCGUGCGCGGGUGCGUGCGCGGGUGCGUGCGCCAAGUGCGUGCUGAAUGUGGUGCGGGCCUCAGGGUAGCGCCUCGGUGCUGCGCGCCACCAUGAGUCCCUUAGGAUGUACGUACUCUUCCCUGCGGAAGAGAUAGUCCUCGGUCCACGCAGCCCCAGCCCCAACAGCAGGCAGCGGCGCUCCCUGUGCCGCUACCACCGGCAGCUGUACGAGCAGCAGCUGUCGGCGCAGCAGCUGCAGCACGACCAGCUCCAGCUGUACGAGCCGCAGCAGCAGACUAGCCAGCUGCAAGAGCAGCAGCUGUCGACUCAGCUACAGCAAGGCCACUCGGCCCAGGACGACAUCCUCGACGUCCUAGUGCGAGCGUCCGCCGAGGCUCGGGAGCACACCGCCGGCCGGCCGCCCGCCAGCCCCGGCGCACCCCAGCGCGGCCGCGCGGACCGCUCGCCCAGGUCGUCGGCGAGGUCCUCCUCGUCGUCGAGGUCCCGCGCCGCGGGCUCGGCGCUCGCCCUCUCCAACGGCCCCACCGUCACCGCCCCGGGGCUCCUCCUGCUCCCCGAGGCCGCGCCGGAGCAGGCCAAGAAGCGCUCCUUCCUGACGCGCGCGCUGCGGCCGCGCUCCGCCCCGCCCAGCCCCCGUCUCGCGCACGACCGCUCCGCCCGCUCCACGGCCGCCAUGGCCGGCAGCGACCUGUCGCUGCGGGAGCUCACCCACCCGCAGUACAACGAGCCCCUGCAGAAGCACAGCAGCGUCACCUUCCGCCUCGUCCGUACAGUGUCCGACUUCACCACGGAGCUGUCGCAGCUGUACGAGCGGCAUGCUGAGGAGCUGCAGAUGCUGGUGGCCGGCUACCGGAAGAGAAAUGCAGAGCUUCGGAAAGACAGAGGGGCGUGCCAGACGUCGCUGUUCCAGACGUGGGACAUGCUGCUCCAGGAGGUCGAGAAGGACUCGCAGGCGCACAGCGACAUCGCUUCGGUGCUCGGGCGCCAGGUGGCGCGCCCGCUCCUGGAGAAGACGUUCCACCGCAAGAUCCAGUCCCGGAAGGUGUUCGGCACCCGGGAGGCGUACGAGCAGUUCGUCGCCAAGGCCGAGGAGAAGCUCGUCAAGGCCCGACAGGACUACAAGAACGCCUACAUGUCGUACAUGGCGUCGCCCAACACGGCCGCCCUGGCGACGUACUUCGACGCGCACAACGCGUACGUGACGCAGCUGCACGCCACCAACGGCAUCCUGGAGCACUUCGGCACCGAGACACUGCCCACGCUCAUGCAGGAGCUCGAGGACAUCUACUCGGACCUGUGCGCGACCCUGACCGACGCGGCGCUGCAGGGCGCUGAAGUCAUCUCGUCCAGGGCGCAGGAGCAGCAGCGUCGGUACGACGCCCUGGCCGCCUCGUGCAGGUCGUCGUCGGCGCAGGCGGACAUCGUGCAGGUGGUGCGGGCGCUGGCGCCGCAGGGCGCGCACCCCCACCCCGUGGUGCGCCGCCACUUCUCGGCACCGCACGUCCCCCCGCCGGACUCGGACGCCCCCGGCAACGACUUGGGGAACACGAUGCUGCCGCCCGCGCUCAAGAACGAGCUGGUGACGGACCGGCUGGCGAGCAUCCAGGUGCGGGUGCAGCUGGAGGCGCUGCGCAAGGAGGGCCAGGACCUGGAGCUGCAGUGCAAGCAGCUCACGGACGCGCUGGACACCCUGCACCGGAUGCAGCAGAGGUCGCUCGAGUCUGCGCUCUUCAACAAGGCCAACGAGCUCCAGGACGAGAUCAGCGUCAAGAAGUACGACCUGCGGGUGGCGCAAAUGCAGAUGGCAGCUGUCCGCGCUCAGCGCGAGCUGUUUGGGGCCAAGGCCGAGAGUGCGUCGGACGGCUCUGGCCGCGAGCGCAAGAUGUCGUCCUCCUCGACGGGCUCCAUGAAGAGCAAGUGGCUCAAGGCCUUCAAGUCCCUCAAGACCACCGGUAGCAGCAGCAGCAGCAGCGCACCGCCCGUCAACCCCGCGAGGGAGUCCGAGAGAAAGAAUCAAAUGUACCACGCGGUGUCCACCAUCAUGGCAAUGAGGAAAAAUGGGAGAGAUGCUGCACUCGGGAACGUGGAAAUGGGGGUCCACGAUUUCCAGGAGUACACCUACAAGAAGAUCACCCCCUGCGACGUCUGUUCGCAAGUACUGAGAGGGCACGCUCGCCAGGGAGUCAAGUGUCGCCUGUGCAAGAUGAACGUCCACGUGGACUGCAAGGAGAGGGUGGGCCGCUGCACGGCCAAGGGUCGGCUGCUGCGGCGUCAGAAGUCUUCCUCAGAGAUCGAGUCCCGCCUCAACCAAGAGCAAGACGAAAGGCCCGAAAUGGACUCCGUCUACCAAGUGCUGAAGCAGGCCCAGCAGGCCACGGAGCUCGCCGACGGCCGCGUGCUGGAGCGCGCGGAGCGCGGGGGCAGCGAGCGCGUCCGGCGGCCCCCCGCGCCCGACGGCCGCCCGGGGCUCGACGGCCGCCUGCUGGACGCAUGCCCGGGCAUCGACGUGCCCCCGGGGGCGGGCGCGGGGGGCGGCAACACCCUGCGGAGGAACCCCCAGGUGCCGCUGCGGGGGGCGGCGCUCGGCUCGGCACAGCUCAGCGUGGGUCCCAUGCCGCACGCGUCCAGCUCAGGCGGGCUGUCGUCCUCGCUGCGGAGCUCUCGCAGCGCCACGACGUUGGCCGUCCCCUCGGCCGGCUCGUCGCCUGCGUCGCCUUCCUCUGGCCCCUCCGGGCUCGCCGGGCACGCCGGGCCCUCGGCCGCUCCGCACAGCCCCCGGCGUCAGAAGCUCAACCUCCGGAUGAAGUCGCUGUCGCUCGACUCUCCCGAGUCCACCGAGCACGCGCGGCGAGGCCGGCCCGCCAACAACCACGGCCACCACGGCGGCACCAGCAGCGCGGGCAGCGGGCCGCAUGACCCGCACUCCAGUCACUCGUCGUCGUCCAGGCUGCAGUCUCAUUCGUAUGCAGAUUUUUAUAGGCCCACGCCCUCCAGCUACCCUCAACAUCUACAAGAUUCGUCCUUUCGAUUGUGGUCUUUAGGCCGGCGGAGAGCUGUAUACCUGCAACAUGGCCGAUCUUGGUCAACGCCGUCCAGUCCCGGCCACACCCGGCGGCACCUGUCGGCGCGCAACAUGCGCAUGAGCUCGGUGGAGCUGCCGGACGACAACGACAAGUCGUCGGCCUCGACCUCGCCCUGCCCCAGCCCCGUGCGGGACUCGCGCACCGCCGGACAGCAAAAAUCACACCGCCUACUGCCGACUAACCUGUACGUUGUGCUAUUUAACUUCAAGGCCAGACACCAAGACGAACUAGAUCUCAAGGCCGGCUACAAGGUGACGGUGAUCGACACCGCGGACCAGGACUGGUGGAAGGGCAAGUGUCUCGGGCGUAUCGGCUUCUUCCCCUCCAAGUAUGUCACCAAGAUCCAGCCCGGGGAGCGGCCGCUCCAGGUGACGCACAAUCUGCAGGUGGCCGACGGGGAGGAGGGUCUGACACUGCUCAGGGACCAGAUCGUCAUCCAGGUGGGCGAAGAGCUCGACGGGAUGGUGAUGAUCCGGAGCGGGGACAACAGGCAAGGGGUGUGUCCCCUCAAGUUCCUCCAGGAGGUAUGACGGCCGCCGGCGGGCAGCGCCACCGGCCGGGCCGGACAGGCCAUCAUUGUGUCCAACCCUGACGGCACCGUGUUCCGGGCGCCGCCCCCCAACCCGUCCCCGGCCCCGGCCUCCUCCGCGGCCCCGGCCCCGCCCCUG